AUGGAAGACUUUUAAACUGUAAGUAAAAGUGUUAUCCAUUAAAAUGUUGAUUUCAACUUGAUUUUAGAAGCACUCCAAGAAGGUGUGAUUUUAGUUCAUUUUGAAAAAUCAGAUGACCCUGCAUAUCCUAACCUUAAGGUGGAGUACUAAAAUUAAAUGAGCAAGAAGAUGUUUUAGAAGACGAAUAGAGAGCUUCUGCUAUUAUUUGAAAAAAUGCCAAGUGAAGUACUCUAGGAUGAAUCUCCCAUGCUAGCUAGAAGCUCUUUAGUAUUAUUACAGAGUUUUGCUUCCCAACAAUACAAAAAUAUCAAUAAAAAAACAUCAGUAUUGAAUGCUGUUUAUUCCCUUUCCUCAGAAUCCAAAAAGGAUUGUAAGGUAAAUGGAAUGUCUACUUAAUCUCCAGGAUAUGGAUCAAUAACAUCCUAACUUAAUACAGUUUUAAAAUGUCUGCUUUACGUUUUUACAACAAAAAAACUUAGAUUUGAAAUCAAUGGAAAAGUUGAGGCAAUGAUUGUUGAGACAAAUUUCGAGACUGACAAUAAUAAAAAAUAGAUUGAAUUAAUUAUAACUUUUGGAGGGGAAAAUAUUUUAUUAAUCAUAGCUCGAGAUGUGGUUCAUAGAAAAAACAUUAAAGAGUUAUUGGACAUUAACUAAUCGAAGUCUAAGACUCUAUCCUUUGUAAGUCACGAAUUUCGUUCUCCAUUAAAUGUAAUGCUUAACAUUUUGAGUGAAUUAAAAGAAGCUUCCUUCUAGAACAAACAUCUUUUUAAAAGUGUCUAGAUUGUUAAAGAAAAUGCUGCUUAUAUGUUAAAUUUAGCUAAUGAUUUACUUGAUUUAGCUCAGAUAAAAGCGGAGACAUUUAAUUUAAAUUUAAAAACCUUCAAUUUAAUACUGCUAGGGGAAGAAUGUCUUGAGAUGUUUAAACUCUAAGCAGAAUAAAAAAAGAUAGAUCUUAAGAUUUAAACAAAUACGAGACCCUUAUUUUUAUUUACUGAUAGAAAUAGAUUGAAAUAGAUUUUUAUUAAUUUAAUUGCUAAUGCUAUGAAAUUUACAUAAUUUGGUUCGAUUAUAAUAUAAUUUGAAUAAAAAGGAUUAUUGGUCGAUGUUGGAGUGAAAGAUUCUGGAAUUGGAAUUACAGAGGAUCAAUAAAAAAAGUUAUUUAAGGCUUUUGGCAAAAUAAAGGAUGCUUAAAAUUAAAAGCUAAAUGAAUAAGGAGUUGGUUUGGGACUAUUGAUAAGCAAUAAAAUAGCCUAAUAGUUAUCAUAUAAUAAUUAAGGCUUGCAAGUGAUUUCCAGUGGUGGUGCCGAAAAGAACCAUGGAUCAUUAUUUUAUUUAACUUUAAAUAUAUCGGAUUUUCAUUUAAAGGCAGCAUCAACUAAAAUAGAAUAACUUAGCAAUUCUAUUGAUUUUCCAAUAACCUAUUCUGGAGAUGAGGAUCUUUUAAACUAAAAGUUAGAGAGUUUCGAUCACAUUUUUUAGUAAAAAGUACUUGAUAGAAUGCCAAAACCAUCAUGUUAACAUAUAUUAAUUGUUGAUGAUAAUGUUUUUAAUUAAAACAUUUUAGAGAUGCAAAUAUAAUAAUUUACAAAAUCUACAAUUGAUAAAUCAUAUAAUGGAUUAGAAGCUAUUAAAAGUGUAAAUACUAAAAAAUGCAAUGAAUAAUGCACUGGCUACGAAGCAAUCUUUAUGGAUUUAGAAAUGCCAAUAAUGAAUGGAAUGACAGCUUCAGAAUAAAUCUUGAAGAUCAAACCAGACAUCAAAAUAUUCAUUGUUUCUGGAUAUGAUGAUAAUAAGUUGAAGUAAGAAGGUGAAAAGUUAGGGAUCAAAAGUUUUAUAAUUAAACCAAUUUUAAAAGACAAAGUGUAAAAGCUUAUUUAAGAAUAUCAAUUAUGA